AUGGCGUCUUCCCCGAAGAACAAGGACAGACGUCAGAGAGGCUCAAGGAGAUAUGUUCCUUCAGGGCCCCGCCUCACCAAUCACGAGGUAGCAGUCAUGGUAGCAGCUCAGCUCGCGGAACAAGCGAGAUUGAUGGCUAGCGCCGAAGGUCAAGAUUCUGAAGACGGUGGCGACAGUGUGAGACCUCGAGCCGUCGCGACGUCGGCUGAUGAGGCUUCAGGCUCUACAGAGGAGAAGCAUAAGUCACGAUUCACGACUCUCCUGAACUCCGAGCACCAAGAUUUGGAAGGUGAUGCACAUGUGGAGAUGCUGGAUGUUGAAGCAACCAGUGACGACGAAGAUCCUCUACUCGGCGGUCAGUGGGCGUUUCGCACAUACUCCAACGAGAAUCGCACCCAAGAUCUUGAGCUCCGCCGAGGUCAUGGGUAUUCAACUGCUCGCGUGAGCGUCUUCGUCACUACCAUACGGACAGCAAGCUGGUCAAGGAUCAUGGUCAGUGGACCCUGCGAAGCUACACCAACGAUGGUCGUACCCAGUGUCUCCAGCUGUACCGACGUCAGGGAGAUUCGAAUCCUCCGUCAAGCAUUGCAGCCCACAAAUCAGGUCGACCCAGUUGACUCACGACCACCCCAACACGAAGCAUUGGAGGAUCCUGAGCAGACAGAUUCCAUGACAGAGCAGCCUGCGGGGAACAACUUACUGCCCGAUACACCGCACGAUAUCCCCACCGAGCUCAACGGACCUCAAGACUUGAACACUCUGGACACCUACAAGGUUAUCGAUGGCCUUGCGACGCUUCCAGCAACCGUCGCUGAGCUCGGACCUAUCAUGGAAGAUCUUGUACAGCUUUCCAUGGUCCACUACAAAGAUCUGACUUGGCUCGAUGACGAGAUCAAAUGCGAUGAGGCCGCAACUCUCGUACCGACGGACUCUGCCACCUACAAGUACGGCGGCCAAGUAGUCCACAUCGACUUGGGGGAAUAUGUCAUGGUGUGCGACGACAGUGUCUGCCACACGUGCUUUCCUAAGACUCCCUCAUCUUUCAGCGACAUCCAAGGCCCGACCGAGGCUCAAGACGGUCCUUGGUUCCACCGUAAUGACAGCGAACUCCGAUAUACAUCAUUUGAGAUUGGCCAUGAUGUGUGGAUCUUUGGCUACGAGCGAGUACAGAAGUAUUCCGGCCCACGGAGUGCGACGCCCUUGCAGCCUGUAAAGGCGAAGAUCAGGGACAACGUUGUCAGGGACUGCUGGAUGUGUGUCGGGAAGAAGUGUGAGGAGUGUAAGGGCGCGAUCGUGCCAUUCAGGCAUUUGUAG